GACUAGCGCUGAGAGCGAAAGAAAAAAUAACUACUCAUUCGUCUUCUGUCUUUUUAAGUACAUAAAUUUAAAUAUAAAAUAGCAAAUUCAAGUGCUUUAUUAUUCCUAACUUAAUCUACGAAUAAAAACAAAAAUCUAGAUAAUUUAAUUAUUUUUCCAUUUAUUUCUACUUUAAUAAAAAACUUAAACCAUUUGGAUUUAUAAAGAAAAUUUAUCGAUUAAUUUCGGAAGCAAUUUUUUUUUUCUCUCUGUGAAAGUUACAAAUUCUAAUAUAUCGGUGUUCUUCUAAUUUAAAAUAGAGUGUGUAUUCGUAUAAUAUUCGUCGUGGUGUUUUGUCGUGUGCUUGAUCUCUCUGUUCUUUUCUCUCUCUGUCAGUUCAGUCAGACAAAACCGAACGGCAGCGAAAUAUAUUUUGUAAAAAAUUUUCUUUUCGCCGACCGACGACGUAGUCCGAGUGCGACGUCCCCCCUUUUCGAAUAGAUAUAAUAUCCAUCAUAAAAAACUACGACUUCACGAUUACACUCAUACAAAAAAUAUAUCCAAAAUAGAAACGUAGCUUGUGUUAAAACAUUUUUCAAAUAAAAUAAAUUUCCGUCGACCGUCGACAUGUCUGCCGAACGGGAAAUCCCUGCGGAGGACAGCAUCCGAGUGGUGUGUCGUUUUCGACCGCUCAACGAUAGCGAGGAAAAAGCUGGAUCCAAAUUUGUUGUAAAAUUUCCCAAUAGCACUGAGGAAAAUUGCAUUUCUAUUGCUGGAAAAGUUUACUUGUUUGACAAAGUUUUCAAACCCAAUGCGUCGCAAGAAAAAGUUUUCAAUGAGUCCGCCAAGUCAAUUGUCACUGAUGUCCUUGCCGGUUACAACGGCACAAUUUUCGCCUAUGGACAGACAUCUUCAGGUAAAACUCACACCAUGGAAGGUGUUAUUGGUGAUCCCGUCAAACAGGGUAUUAUUCCGCGUAUCGUGAAUGACAUCUUCAACCACAUCUACACAAUGGAAAUGAAUCUUGAGUUCCAUAUUAAAGUUUCAUACUAUGAAAUUUACAUGGACAAAAUUCGUGAUCUCUUAGAUGUAUCCAAAGUUAAUUUGAGUGUGCAUGAAGAUAAAAAUCGAGUGCCGUAUGUAAAGGGUGCCACUGAGAGAUUCGUCUCUAGUCCAGAAGAUGUAUUUGAAGUUAUCGAAGAGGGAAAAUCUAAUCGGCAUAUUGCUGUCACAAACAUGAACGAGCAUUCAUCACGUUCUCAUUCAGUCUUUCUGAUUAAUGUAAAGCAGGAGAAUUUAGAAAAUCAAAAGAAACUUUCUGGUAAAUUGUAUUUGGUGGAUUUGGCUGGUUCUGAAAAAGUUUCAAAAACUGGUGCCGAAGGUACUGUCUUGGACGAAGCUAAAAACAUCAAUAAGUCACUGUCUGCUCUUGGUAAUGUAAUAUCGGCCUUGGCCGAUGGCAACAAGACGCAUAUUCCGUAUCGUGACUCCAAAUUGACAAGAAUUCUACAAGAAUCACUUGGUGGUAACGCCCGAACGACAAUUGUGAUCUGUUGCUCACCGGCAAGUUUCAAUGAAUCUGAAACCAAGUCAACACUAGAUUUUGGUCGUCGUGCCAAGACUGUGAAGAAUGUUGUUUGUGUCAAUGAAGAGCUUACAGCCGAAGAAUGGAAACGUCGCUACGAAAAGGAGAAGGAGAAAAAUGCCCGUCUCAAGGGCAAGGUGGAGAAACUCGAACUGGAAUUGGCCAGGUGGCGUGCCGGCGAAACGGUUAACGCUGAAGAGCAAAUCAAUAUGGAAGAUAUUAUGGAGGCGAGUACACCAAAUUUGGAAGUGGAUGUUGUUGGCGAUACUACCCCAGUUCCGGCCACACCAGCUGCCAACCUUACGGCUAUGAUUGGUUCGAUUAGUGGCGAUGAAAGAGCUCGUCUGGAGGCUGAACGUGAAAGACUCUAUCAGCAGUUGGAUGAGAAGGACGAAGAAAUCAACCAACAAAGUCAGUAUGUGGAGAAUUUGAAAGAUCAGAUUCUCGAGCAGGAGGAUCUGAUUGCAAAUGCUCGACGUGAGUACGAAGCACUGCAGUCAGAAAUGGCGAGGAUACAGCAGGAGAACGAAAGCGCAAAGGAGGAAGUCAAAGAGGUGCUACAGGCUCUUGAGGAACUUGCUGUCAAUUAUGACCAGAAGUCCCAGGAGAUCGAUAAUAAAAACAAAGAGUUCGACACUCUCAGUGAAGAGCUCCAAACUAAGCAAACUCUGCUUAAUACAACAACAUCUGAGCUGCAGCAGCUGAAGGACAUGUCGGCGCACCAGAAGAAGCGCAUCAACGAGAUGUUGACAAACCUCUUACGUGAUUUGGCUGAGGUCGGACAGGCUCUGUCCACAGAUAACUCCAUCGACAUGAAACUCAACACUGUCGAUUCCGCCGGCAAAGUUGAAGAGGAGUUCACAAUGGCUCGUUUGUAUAUCAGCAAAAUGAAGACCGAAGCAAAGAAUAUGGCUCUGCGGUGUUCCAACAUGGAGACUCAACAAGUCGAUUCAAACAAAAAACUUUCUGAAUACGAAAAGGAUCUCGGAGAGUACAGACUACUUAUUUCACAACACGAGGCACGUAUGAAGUCUCUCCAGGAGUCAAUGCGCGAAGCAGAAAACAAGAAACGUACACUCGAGGAGCAAAUUGAUUCGCUGCGAGAGGAGUGUGCCAAAUUAAAGGCAGCCGAACAUGUGUCAGCCGUAAAUGCCGAAGAGAAACAAAAAGCCGAACAACUUCGUUCCAUGUUCGAUGGUCAAAUGGAUGAACUUCGUGAUGCACACACCAAACAAGUCGCCGAAUUGCGUGAUGAAAUUCUAUCCAAACAACAUGAAAUGAAUGAAAUGAAGGAUGUCUAUCAGAAAUUAAUUCUUGCCCAUCAACAAAUGACAGCCGAUUAUGAGAAAUUAAAGCAAGAAGAAGCAGAAAAAUCCUCCCGCCUGCAGGAUAUUAUUCUCACAAAUGAACGCCGCGAACAGGCGCGCAAAGAUCUCAAAGGUCUCGAGGAUACCGUGGCCAAGGAGCUACAAACCCUGCACAAUUUGCGCAAACUAUUCGUACAAGAUUUGCAGGCUCGCAUCAAAAAAUCAAUUACCAAUGAGGAUAGCGAAGAAGACGGUGGCUCUUUAGCCCAGAAACAAAAGAUUUCAUUCCUCGAAAAUAACCUUGACCAACUGACCAAAGUGCAUAAGCAAUUGGUGCGCGAUAAUGCCGAUCUGCGUUGCGAAUUACCUAAGCUGGAGAAACGUCUCCGCAUUACAAUGGAACGCGUCAAAGCGCUAGAAACCGCACUCAAAGAGGCUAAAGAAGGAGCAAUGCGUGAUCGCAAACGCUAUCAAUACGAAGUCGAUCGCAUUAAGGAAGCCGUCCGACAGAAGCACCUCGGCCGACGAGGACCACAGGCGCAAAUCGCCAAACCAAUCCGAGCUGGUCAAGGAAAUAUUGCAAUUCGCGGUGGUGGCGGUGUGGGUCAAGUUCAACAACCAAACCCAGUUAGCUCGUAAAUAAUGCAAUUAAAAAAUUUAUAAAACAUACAAAAAAAUAUUAUUAUACAUAAUAUUAUUAAUUAUACAUAAAAAAAAAUAUUUAUUUACAAAAAAAAAAAAAAUGAAAAAAAAAAAAAAAAAAAAAAAGCAACAACAAUAGAAAAUAGUUUUGAAAAUAAUAAACAAAAAAAAAAUCCAAAUUUAAAAAAUCACAUCAAACUACAAACCGAGAUGAAAGCAAAGGAACAUACAACACACAUUCAUAUCCAGUGAUGAGAAAUGUUCUAAGAGAACUAAGUUAACGAAAAUAUGUAUGUAUAAUGUUGCUAUGUGUUGCAGAAGAGGGAAGGAACAGAGAAAAACAGAUAUAAAAUUAUAAAAAGGUAAAAAAGAGUACUCGUCAGCGUCACAGCUCAUUGCACUCCACUUGGCUUUUAUAUUUUAUUUAAACGACAGGUGUACUUGCAGACAGUUUGAAUUGAAUUUGAAUAAAAAGAAAGAAGGAAAAACAACAACAAUAUAAUGGAUUAAUGUUUGGUCUUUGGUGUGUAUACAUAGUUCUUAAUUUUUAUUUUUUACUAUUUUUUUUUGUUUUGUACGAUCCAAAGAGUUGCGCAAUUAAAUUGUGCCGGUCUCUCUGCCUUUUAUGUAUUAUUUGUUAUACUCUCUUUUUUAAAAAUUAUUUGUAAUAAAAAAAAGGUUUAAUUAAAAAAAAAAACAUAAAAGAAAGGCUUUGAACUGAAAAUGAAAAGUCCUCCACAACAGACUACAUACCACUGAGAUGAUCUCAUAUAAUAAUGUGAAAGUGAUGAAAAGAAGCCACAAUAAUGAGCAGACCAAACCACAAAAAAAAAAACGAAACCAACAAAAACAUCAAAUCUUCACGUUCUCACUUUGAACAUUCACAUGAAUGCUCCUAGGCUCUGGUCUUUUAAAUAAAAACAUUGCGCUGUAAACAUUCAAAAUUUGGGUCACCGCAUUCUCUAGAAGUAUAGUAAGGUAGUACUUGUUAGGUUGUUUUUCAAUAAGAAACAAAAAAAAAAAACAAA